AUGAAGGAGGUCUCAGUAACCGUACGACAGUGGCUGCAGGAGGUCACAGUAACUGUACGGCAGUGGCUGCAGGAGGUCACAGUAACUGUACGGCAGUGGCUGCAGGAGGUCACAGUAACUGUACGGCAGUGGCUGCAGGAGGUCACAGUAACUGUACGGCAGUGGCUGCAGGAGGUCACAGUAACUGUACGGCAGUGGCUGCAGGAGGUCACAGUUACUGUACGGCAGUGGCUGCAGGAGGUCACAACGGCCGUGUCUCACAACAGCAACGAAAAGAAGAACAGCAUCACCGUUGUGUGGCAACCCCAAGGAUACACAGGCGAUGUCACCUUCAGAGGAACAUUCAUGAGAAGCUUCGCAACCUUCUGGACGGACGUAACUUCACCCCAGUUCACGAUUCAGGGCAGUCAGCCUCCUGAAGGACCUCCUGUAUUCCUGCCUUACCCUGACACCGACAAUCAACCUAGUGGAGGUGACGCAUCAUCCACGAGCUCUGGCUUCUUACCACCACCUGGUGGCAACGUCAGUCCUCCUGUGAUUCAGCCACCAGGACUUUAUUUACCGCCAUCGCCAGGGGGAUUUCCGUCUCCAAGUCCCGGUGGAUUUCCAUUUCCAAGUCCCGGUGGAUUCCCGUCUCCAAGUCCCGGUGGAUUUCCAUUUCCAAGUCCCGGUGGAUUUCCGUUCCCAAAUCCGGGAGGAUUUCCUUCGCCCCCACCAGGAGUUUAUGUACCACCUUCUUCAGGGGGAUUUCCUUCUCCAGGCCCCAAUGGAUUUCCUGGUCAAGGUGGAUUUCCGGGUCCUGAUAUAGUUCCACCGCCAUCCCCAGGAGGAUAUGUACCUCCUCCAACAGGAGGUUUCCCAUCACCUCCAACAGGAGGGUUCCCAUCACCACCUCCAGGAGGGUAUGCACCCCCUCCAACAGGAAAUUUCCCAUCACCUCCUCCAACAGGAGGGUUGCCAUCACCUCCUCCAACAGGAGGGUUCCCAUCACCACCUCCAGGAGGGUAUGCACCUCCUCCAACGGGAGGGUUGCCAUCACCUCCUCCAACAGGAGGCUUCCCAUCACCUCCUUCAACAGGAGGGUUCCCAUCACCUCCUCCAGGAGGGUAUGCACCCCCUCCAACAGGUAAUUUCCCAUCACCUCCUCCAACAGGAGGGUUGCCAUCUCCAAGCCCCAACCCUCCCCCAGACGGCUAUGGACCUCCAAUCGUACGACCACCAAUCACUGGUUAUUUGCCACCCCCGAAUAUAGGCUAGUUUUAGAUAAGUAGGGAAUAUUUUGAGAGAUAAAUCCGUUACUCUCAUAGGUUAUAACAAACACGCUAGUGGGUCAGAUUCAUUCUCCACAAAGUAAGUUUGAUGCAAGAAGUUGGUGUGAUGAAGGCACUGAGUAUCGAAGUUACUAAGGUUGGUUUCGUCGGGAUGGUCGAUUCUCUUUCAAUGGCCUGACUACUACCGACGCUAUAGAAACGAACGUGGGAUAAGAAUAUCAUUAACUACUACUUUACAGUUCUAAUAAUUCGACAAUUUAUGUGCAGUUCACCAACGUGUAAGGCGCUCGAAACUAUUUCACGCACCUCGCGAUGUCAAUCAAAAACUAAAAAACGUACAAUUCGUGUGACUAAACUGUGCCCGCCUCAUCAGCUCCUAGAAUAAUUUUCUAAAUUGCAUUCCGUAAUACCAAUUCAAUUCAUCACCGAGAUGUGAACUUCACCAUUUGGUCCCUGUAUUGGCGCCUCAACGAAUUAAUUUAAUGCAUGUUCACUAUUAAGGGUCAGAAUAAUACAAAUGUGUUAUGGCUACUGCUCAUGAGGCCAUAGGCUUGAUCUCAUUCGACAAAUGUGAUAGCAGCGUAAGUUAAUCUCUCUCUGUUAGAAACGUUGGUAUUGUGCAAGGUGAAUGGAGGAAAGACGUCACUUGGUCUGGGCAAGAGGCAGGUGCAUUUUAAACAUCGACUAAAAUGUCAUCCAUCAAGUUUAUUCGAUAAUAAUCAAAUUUCACAUCAGCUAUAAACAAUAUUUAUAAACCUCAAGUCGCAAGUUACUUUAGCACUACAGUAUUUUCCUCUGCAGCAACGAAAAUUCCAAUUGUUGAUAUCAAAUAAAAUAUAUGGAAGUGUCCAAUUCAUUAUCGUAAAAUAUCUACCGACCACUGAAUCAAUUUU